GAUAACUUUUGAAUGGAAACAGGCUAAGAAAUAUAUACAUUAUUUGAUAAACACGCUCGUUUGUGAGUGUGCCUAUUAGGAAAAUGUAAAGCUGCACAAAACAUGUUAUCUCUUUUAACAAACAAGUUCAUGAUUUAUCAUAUAAUGCAUAUCGAUCUAUAAUUACAUAACCUCAGAUGUGUCCUUACUGUGGUUAUAAGACGGACAUUUUAAGCGCUCACAACAUGCGUAAAGAAACGGUUUUCAGGAUUUUGAUGUUUGCAUGCAUUCUAUUUAUUUGGACAGUUUUGUCAAAAAAAUUUCUUACAAGUACAUUCUUGUGCGAGCCAUCUUCAAAACCUUACAAUGUCGAACUCGACCAAGCUACACAAAGGAUAGAUAACCAUGAAAUGGAAGAGAUCAUCGGACUAGUUAAUAAGAAUGCGAGAAAUAGUUCGAAAAAUGUCUGUAGGGAUAAAGUAGAUCAGGUAAAUGACAAUUGUUCCCGCUUUAUGAAACGUAGAGAAUAUCUACAGAAUCAGUGUUCGAAAAUAAUAGGACAUGAAAGUGGCAAAAGAUGUGUACAAAAUGACGUUGCAAAUAAUCUUAAGUAUGCGGAAAAUAAAGAGAUGCUUUUCUGUGCAAUUGAGAAGACAGGGAGUACUUUCUGGAAACGAAUUUUGCAUAUAGCCGGAGGCUGUAGAAAUGUUUCUAACCCAACACAUAUUGCUUUGGGAGAAGCGGACACUGAGAAAGGGGGAUAUAGGUCAAUGAAGGGUAAAAACUGGACAAACAUUGUCGAAGCUUUUAGUCAUAAAAUAAGUUUUAUAUUCGUGCGUGAUCCUUACACUAGACUAUUUUCUGGUUGGCUUGACAAGUUUUAUUCACCAAAUGCCUUCUACUGGAGAUCAAAUGGAAAACAGAUAGUAAAAACACAAAGAAAAACUGAUGCUAAGUGUGGAUAUGACGUAACAUUUACGGAAUUUGUUAAUCAUACUGUUCAUAAUGUUUUAUCUUCACCAUGUAUAGAUGGACAUUUUUAGUCAAACUAUAUGCAUUGUUUGCCAUGUAACCUAUCGUUCGAUUAUAUUGGCAAAUACGAGACAUUUAAAGAAGAUACAAUUCACCUUUUAGAUGUAUUCAAACUUUUAGAAAAAAUCAAGUUCGAUGACUUUGAAAAGGACGCCGCAUUGGACGCAAUCAAAGAUGCUGCUAGUUGGGUGUUUUCUCAGAAAGAAGAAAUAGCUGGAUGCGACGUACCGUUUGUUUGUGCUUUAUUUAGAGUUUGGAACAGGCUUCAAAGUCGAGGAUUUAUCAGUUUUAAAACAGUUUUUCCUUACAAAUCAGAUAGUGAGGUGCGAAACAUAACACGACAACAGUUUGAAUCUGCACUAACGAAUGCGCAUGACGAGAGUGCCUUAGAGCACCUACAAAACAGUCGACAAGCAGCGCUUGUACAAGCUUUGAGAUCACUUCCUAAAUCAUCAGUUAACUUGAUACAACGGGCAUUUAAAUUGGACUUUCUUGCAUUUGGAUACAGUCGAUUACCACUUGUAUCUAUUGAUCCUACAAAUUUGCAUGCGUUUGAGUACUUUCAAAAUUGUCCGCCUUCUUUCUUUUUGACAUAAACACUCCGUUCGUUCACUGCAUGUUUGCACAUUGCAAUUACAUGUAUUUAAAAUUCUGAAACAUUCUGGUAUUGUAAGGUAAUCAUACAUUACCGGGAUGAUCCGUUGCUUGCAUUGUAUAUUAAUUUUAUUUUGAUGUUAUUUCAUGCUAUGAAACAAAUUCAUUAUUUUCCGAUUUAGUGUUUUUGUUGUUAAUUGAAAGAAUAUUUAUCUUAUAAUUAUGUUCUUAGUACAAUUUAGUUAUUUAAUGCAGUUAAGGAAAUACAAAGGACACUCUCUUCAAGAAAAUAACCGAAUUUUAAUUAAAAUUUCAUAAAUUCUAACAUCUGGUUACAACACUCCACGCAAAUCCAACAUUAUUACUAUCACGGAUAAGCUAUUUUCAAGGUUUAUGCUUUCAAUACGCAAUUCAUUUGCAACAGUAAUCUGCUGAAUUUCAUUGUGUCACUAAAUGUGCUUUGCAUUAUUUUUAUUUCAUAUUUAUGACGGUAUCUUAUCUUAAAUGUGAUUAAAUUCACCAUACGUAAUACUGUUAUCACUAAUGCUUUAAUCUUUUAUUUCCUGUUAACAGACAGUACUAAUUCAGAAUUUAUGGCAUUAUUAUCAGUACAAUGUAUUGACUUUUGUAUAACUGCACUAGCACACUGGCCAUAUCUUUAUCAGAUCAAGUGGUUCCAACGUUGUUUGAGCGGUGAAUUUUACGCCGAUCAGAUGGAGAAAUAUGGCCGAUACUACAAAUUUCCGGUAUUGUAAGUAUGAUUUAAAGGAAUUUCUACUCGUUAAAUAACGAAUAAAAAAAACAAUGGGUGCACCUAGAGCGCAAAUGUGUCUAUGUUUUAGCACAUAUGUCCAUUUAGCUGAGAUUUGUACCGCUUAUUCAAACACUUCUGUACAGUCCGGCGGGGGAAGGCGAUUUUUUACAGUUUUUGACAAUGUCGCAUCAAAUAUAGUGUUUAUCGGGAACAAGUAACUGUUCAAACACUUCUUAUGUAAAUGGAACCACUUGAUCUGAUAAAGCUAUGGCCAGUGUGACUAGGUAAACAUUUGUUUUACUCCAUUGCGAAUUAUUAUUAGUGACUUUUGAAAAUAAAUAUCCUCGAGAAAGA